CUAACUAUAUUUAGUAACCCACUUGCAUUAUAAUAUUAAUAAUUAGCUACUCCAAAUCUCUCUCUCUUAAAAGACAUUUUUCUCUAAGUAUCAGAUUAACUUUUGUAGGGUUUUUCUUUCCCGGCAAAAACAAUUUAUGUACCCUCCUCCUUCCUCCUCCAAGUCCACUGUUCCAGACGGCGGAGACGCCAACGACAAUGGACAUGACUCAGCUGCUGGAGCUACCCGUGAUUUCUCCUCCCUCGGCUCUCAAACCCACUAUAAUCCUCCGCGGCCGCCGCCUCAUCAGCGGCAGCAGCACAAUCCUAACGUCGUUGGUCUCGGUGAUUACUUCCCCGAUGAUCCAUCUAACACUGGAUUCGAUCCCGGGGCAUCUUCUUCCUCUCCAUUGUUCCGACACAGAAGCUCUCCGGCUGGAUUCUAUGACCAACAUCUUCCCACUGCCAACGGUUUUUCUCUAGGGAGGCCAAACGGAGGAUACGGAGGAGGAGAGCGAGGGCCGCCGGGGCUGAAGCCGGAGCUGAGAUUCUCCGGCGGGAGUAGUAGUAGUAGUCAUCAAGAACGUAACUCUCUACAGCGAAUCUCGGAGGUCGAAGCAGCUGCGGCGGCUAUAAAAGGUGUCCCAUCCACGAGUAUGACUUUUGGAAAUGAUCACAACAAUUGGGACAACUCGUCUUCUCAUAUCAGUUUCACCAUUGAUGAACCCGGGAAACGGUCCAAGACCACCGAUUUUUUCACCUUAGAAACACAGUUUAGUAUGCCGCAAACGUCUCUGGAAAUGGCGAGAAUGGAGAGUAUGAUGAACAUACCAGAGGAUUCGGUGCCUUGUAGGACUAGGGCCAAGCGUGGCUGCGCUACUCACCCGCGCAGCAUCGCUGAAAGGGAGAGAAGAACGAGAAUAAGCGGAAAGCUGAAGAAGCUACAAGAACUGGUGCCCAAUAUGGACAAACAAACGAGCUAUGCGGACAUGUUGGAUUUGGCUGUUGAGCAUAUCAAAGGUCUUCAACACCAAGUAGAGUCGCUGGAGAAGGGGAUGGAGAGAUGCACUUGUGGGGCAUGCAAGAAGCGAUGAUGAAAUGAUAUGAUGUGUUUCCAAACAUGAAGUAUAGAAGAGAAGAAAAGGAGACUAAGGAAUCAAUUCAACAGCAACAAAAAGAUUUUAAUUAUAUACUUGUGAUUUUGGAGGUCCAAAGAAAGUGAUGGUGGUCUAUUAAUGAAGUCUGGUUUUGACACAUUCUCGAAGUCGUCACCAUAGUGACAACUUAAAUUAGUUCGAUCAAUCAAAUUUAACCAAUAAAA